AUGAUCUCAAGAAAAAGUAACACUUACUUCAAACCCGAUGUCAAGAUUGACAUCAAUAAGAAAAUGCAUGAUUUCUUUCACAUCUAUUACACCAAAUCGCGAGGAAACUGGGUAUACCAGGAUGGUUGUUUCUUUAUUUCUUUGAGUAUCAUCGGAUACUUCAUUUCCUAUGCUAUCACUUUCGAAGCAUACUAUCCAGAGAUGGAGGUGUUAGCUAUCGAUUAUUACCACCAUGACUUUCUUGGAUUGAAGAGGGACUGGUAG